UGCAGAGUCUAAUAAAAAGAAGAAGAAGAUGGUUGGAUUUUUCCAGUUGUUCAGUUUUGCAGACUCACUAGAUAUUCUUUUAAUGCUACUGGGCAUCAUCACAGCUGCAGCAGUUGGACUUGGGCAGCCUUCUGUUAUCAUUAUUUUUGGACAGAUCACAAACAGCUUUGUGGCAACUGGCCAAAAUGUGUCUACAAAUGGGAAUAAUUCAGAGUGUCCAGCUGGUGCAACAAGUAUAGAAGCCGACAUGACCACGUUUGCUUACUACUAUGUUGGACUUGGUUGUGGUGUGUUGCUCCUCAGCUCCAUUCAGGUCUGGGCCUUUUUGACUAGUGCUGCAAGACAAACAGCAAGGAUACGUGAUAAAUUCUUUUUUGCUGUUCUUCACCAAGAGAUGGCCUGGUUUGAUACCAUCCGCAUUGGAACACUGAAUACCAGACUUACUGAUGAUAUUAAUACGAUUCAAGAAGGCAUUGGAGACAAGAUCAGUUUAAUAGUCCAGUUUUCUUCGACUUUUGUGGCGGGGAUUAUCAUAGGAUUUGUGCAUGGAUGGAAGCUUACUCUUGUGAUUUUAGCUGUUAGCCCUCUUAUUGCUGCAUCUGGGGCUGUGUGGUCGUAUCUUCUGUCCCAUCUAACUACUAAAGAGCUGACAGCUUAUGCUAAAGCAGGUGCUGUUGCAGAAGAAAUCUUGUCUGCCAUCAGGACUGUUACUGCUUUUAAUGGACAGAAGAAAGCUACUGCGAGGUAUGAUGCAAACCUAGAAGAAGCUAAGAUUGUUGGAAUGAAAAAAGCCAUCACCACCAAUGCUUCUUUGGGUAUCACCCAGUUUCUUAUAUAUGCAUGCUAUGCACUUGCCUUUUGGUAUGGAACUAAACUCGUACAGGAGGAGCCAAAGACAUAUGACAUUGGGAAAGUGUUAAUUGUAUUCUUUUCUGUGCUGAUUGGAGUAUUUUCAAUUGGACAAGCAUCCCCGAAUCUGGAAAGUCUGGCAAAUGCUCGUGGAGCAGCCUAUGAGGUCUAUAAAAUUAUCAAUAAGCCCCGGGCCAUAGAUAGCAGCUCCAAAGAAGGAUUCAAACCAGACACACUAAGAGGAAAGAUUGAAUUCAAGAAUGUCCAUUUUAGCUACCCUUCCAGGCCAGAUACUCAAAUUCUCAAAGGUCUGAACCUAAAAAUCCAGCCAGGAAAGACUAUUGCUUUUGUUGGCUCCAGUGGCUGUGGGAAGAGCACUACAAUUCAGCUAUUACAGAGAUUUUAUGACCCAAAUGAAGGAGAGAUUACCAUAGAUGGACAUGAUAUCAGGACAUUUAAUAUCAAGUGGAUGAGAGAGAACAUUGGCAUUGUAAGUCAGGAGCCUGUUUUGUUUGCCACCACAAUAGCUGGCAACAUCCGCUAUGGCAGAGAGGAUGUAACAGAUGCUGAUAUUGAGGAAGCUGCAAAAGAAGCUAAUGCUUAUGACUUCGUAUCAAAACUUCCUGAUAAAUUCAACACCAUGGUUGGUGAAAGGGGAGCCCAACUAAGUGGAGGGCAAAAACAGCGCAUUGCUAUUGCCCGAGCCCUAGCCAGGAACCCCAAGAUACUGCUGCUAGAUGAAGCCACCUCUGCUUUGGAUACUCAGAGUGAAUCCAUCGUUCAAGCUGCACUUGAUAAGGCUAGAACAGGACGUACCACCAUUGUGAUUGCUCAUAGACUCUCUACAAUCAAGACAGCUGAUGUUAUUGCUGGUUUUGAUAAAGGUGUUCUUGUUGAGCAAGGGACACAUAAUGAACUUAUGGAACGCAAGGGAAUCUACUAUGCUCUUGUAAUGCAGCAGCGUUUUGGAGGGGAUAUUUAUGACAAAACAUCAGAAGAAGAGACAGAGUCUGAGACUGAUGAUGAUGAUGACGAUGAUGAAACAUGUGAUGAAGAUGAUAUAAAUGAUUUUGAAAAUACUACCAAUUACACAGAAGUGCAAAGAAACAAUAGCAUGAGUAGAAUAUCUAGAAGAUGCCAUAUCAGUCGGGCAUCUACUAAAAGAUACUCUGAAAAGAGGAAGAAGACAAGGAGGAGAAAAACAAAAAAGAAUAAAGUGGAAGAAAUGCUGCCUGAGGUGCCUUAUUCCAGAAUUCUGGCUCUGAACAAGCCUGAGUAUUGUGUUAUUGCUGUUGGUGUCAUUGCUGCUGCCAUUGGAGGUUGUGUUACUCCUGUGUUUGCAAUUCUGUUUGGAAAAAUCAUUGGGACUUUCCAAGGAGAUGCCGGAAAGGGAAGCGAAACCAGAGUGUUGCUUAGUCUGAUGUUUCUUGUACUGGGAGUGAUCAGCUUAGUAACAUACAUCCUCCAGGGAUUAAUGUUUGGGAGAUCUGGGGAAGCUCUGACUAUGCGGUUGCGAUCACUUUCAUUCAAAGCAUUGCUUCAACAGGAAAUUGGAUGGUUUGAUGACCAUAAGAAUGGCAUUGGGGUUCUCUUAACCAGACUUGCUACAGAUGCUUCUCAAGUCAAAGGAGCUACAGGAAGUCGACUGGGCUUAUUAACUAUGACCAUCUUUACCCUCCUUGCUGCUAUUAUUAUUGCUUUUGUCCAUGGCUGGCAAUUAACAUUACUCAUACUGGCCUGUGUUCCUUUUGUUGCAAUUGCAAAUGCUAUUAGAUUUCGAUCAGUGGCUGGACAUGCAUUAAAGGAUCAAAAAGCCCUUGAAGAGGCUGGAAGAAUUUCAACAGAAGCUGUAGAAAACAUAAGAACAGUGGUUGCAUUAACAAGAGAAGACCGAUUUUUUGAGCAGUAUAAAAACAAGUUAGAAGGUCCAUACAGGGACUCAUUGAAAAAAGCUCCACUUAGUGGGUUUACAUAUGGAAUAUCCCAGUGUACCAACUUUUUUAUAAAUGCUGCUGUCUUCAGAUUUGGAGCAUGGCUUAUUACACAUUGUUUGUUAAAUGCUGAACAAUUCUUUAUAGUCUUUGCUUCUGUGAUUUUUGCUGCUAUGAAUGUUGGGCAGUCUAAUUCUCUUGCACCAGAUUUUGGUAAAUCAAAAGUUUCUGCUCAAAGAAUUUUUCAGCUUUUGGAUCGGAAACCUCAAAUUGAUAGCUACAAUGAAGAAGGUGAAAAACUGAAGAAAUUUGAAGGCAACAUUGAAUUCAGGGACAUCCAUUUUGUAUAUCCAACCAGAAGAGAAGUUCAUGUUUUGCAAGGGGUCAAUAUAAAGGUUAAUAAAGGACAGACUCUGGCACUUGUGGGGAGCAGCGGCUGUGGAAAAAGCACCUCCAUUCAACUUCUGGAGAGAUUUUAUGACCCAGGAUCAGGACACGUGUUUGUAGAUGGAGUGGACACAAAAUUUCUGCAAAUACAGUGGUUAAGAUCCCAGCUAGGCCUUGUGCAACAGGAGCCUAUUCUGUUUGACUGCAGCAUUGCAGAGAACAUCCAAUAUGGAGACAACAGCAGAGUUGUCAGCCAGGAGGAAAUUGAGGAAGCAGCCAAAGCUGCUAAUAUACAUGAUUUUAUACAAAAUCUCCCAGAGAAAUAUAAUACACGAGUAGGUGAUAAAGGAGCACAGCUUUCUGGAGGCCAGAAACAAAGAAUAGCCAUUGCCCGUGCUCUUGUCCGUAAGCCAGCAGUUCUACUCCUUGACGAAGCAACAUCUGCCCUUGACACUGAAAGUGAAAAGAUUGUGCAGAAGGCCUUGGACAAUGCCAGAAAGGGUCGAACAUGUAUCGUUAUUGCUCACCGGUUGUCCACUAUCCAGAAUGCUGACAUCAUAGCAGUAAUCCAAAAUGGCAAAGUGAUGGAACGAGGAACUCACUCUCAACUGCUAGCAAUGGGAGGGUUCUAUCAUACACUGGUCAAUGCACAAGUGUCCCAGUAGCCUAGGUUCUAAAGUUUGUCCUAUUCUAGGCAUAGAAUCUCUGUAGAAGGAACAGCCAGGAUCCAAAGAACUAAUAUAGCUGUUUCUAUGUGAGCCCAAGGUAGCUUUGAGCUUGUGUUUUGCCUUAUCAGAGGAACCUUUGAAACCAUGGGUGGGAGAAUUCUGCCAUAUAGAUAACAAAUGUCAAAAAUUCUACCAGGCAUGCUUCUCCUAAUUAGACUUUGAGAGCACUUAAAAUUCUUUGAAUUGUUGCCAUGAUUAUGACUAGCUAUGCUAUGUUCGUAAAAUUGUCAUCAAGUAGUGUUGAUACAAAAUGCAGGCAUGUUGGGUGCAUACAUGAAAAGAAAAUUAGAUAUUUAUAUGUGGGGGGGGGGGGUUGUACAUGAUGCUGAUUUUGACUUUUGUAAUAUGCAUAGAUUGGCAAAGCCAAUAACUUUUAAUAAACCUUAUUGGUAAGGCUGGAA